CAGGAUCAGGAUCAGGCUUGUGUUGGUCUGCUGGAAUAACCUCGUGGUUUCUGUUUGUGUUUUAUAAGGAUGAGUUGUGAAGCACAGAUUGAGUUUCACUCUCCAAAGUCUCUGUUCGUUGUGAUAGAAAACUCGAAACUAAUUCUUCGUGUUCUUUACUGUGAGGAUUAACCACACGGACUGACCAACGGGUGGCGCUUUUAAAACCUGACCCCACUUUUCCCUGCGACAAGAUAAGUGCCGAGUUUGUUACAAAAAACUUUUAAAAUAAUUUCCAACUCAUUGAUUUAUUUAAAUCGAUUAUCUUUUAUUCAGGUUUUAGGAUACAACUCGGACAAACAUCAGCAUGAUUAAACACAAACACAAUAGGGUAAACUCCAAUGCGCUUUUAAUAUUUUAUAUACUGGAUUUUCAUCCCGCAACAGUAAACUUCCACCGGAAGUAUAUGCGGUUAAGUAUAUUAGACGCUGCAUUUUUUAAAGCCUUCUUUAGUGAAUUUAUGGUUGGAAACAGUUAUCGGCGGGAAAAUGCAGCCAGUAGGUGGCAGUAAUUCAGCUCAGCAAAUACAGAGACGCUGUGAAUGUCCAGCGCAAAACCGGCCGUGUGCUAAUUAGCUCGAUUAAACAUCGAUUUCGUGAUGGGAACCAAUUUAAGAUAAUUAAGAAACAGAGACCAGCUUCCUCCUGGGAAAUGCCCAGAUCGUGGAAUGGCCUGUAGUCUAUAGCAAUGACGGAUUCUGCAAACUGUCAGGUUUCCACAGAGCCGAGGUGAUGCAGAAGAGCAGCACCUGCAGUUUCAUGUACGGAGAGCUGACGGACAAGAAGACCAUCGACAAAGUCCGACAGACCUUCGACAACUACGAGUCCAACUGCUUUGAAAUCCUUCUGUACAGAAAGAACAGAAGUCCAGUGUGGUUCUACAUGCAGGUGGCUCCUAUCAGGAAUGAGAAUGACAAGGUGGUUCUGUUCCUCUGUACCUUUAAAGACAUCACACUCUUCAAGCAGCCCAUUGAAGACGAGACCACCAAAGGAUGGACUAAGUUUGCGAGGUUGACCCGGGCACUGACCAACAACCGUAACACACUGCAGCAGCUGGCACCUAUGGGCAGACAUGAAGUCAGUCAUAAACAGUCCAGACUGGCCGAGGUUUUGCAGCUGAACUCUGACAUCCUCCCGCAGUACAAGCAGGAGGCUCCAAAGACUCCUCCUCACAUCAUCCUCCACUACUGCACCUUCAAGACCACCUGGGACUGGGUCAUCCUCAUCCUCACCUUCUACACGGCCAUCAUGGUUCCGUACAACGUCUCCUUUAAGACCAAGCAGAACAACAUUGUGUGGCUGGUGCUGGACAGUGUGGUGGACGUCAUCUUCCUGGUAGACAUUGUUCUCAACUUCCACACCACCUUUGUGGGUCCUGGUGGAGAAGUCAUCUCUGACCCCAAGCUCAUCCGUAUGAACUACCUGAAGACGUGGUUCGUCAUCGACCUGCUGUCUUGUCUGCCCUAUGACAUCAUCAACGCCUUUGAGAACGUGGACGAGGGCAUCAGCAGCCUCUUCAGUUCUCUGAAGGUUGUUCGUCUGCUGCGUCUGGGUCGCGUGGCCAGGAAACUGGACCACUACCUGGAGUACGGAGCUGCAGUGCUGGUCCUGCUGGUGUGUGUCUUUGGGCUGGUGGCUCACUGGCUCGCCUGCAUCUGGUACAGCAUAGGAGACUACGAGGUCAUCGAUGAAGCCACCAACACCAUAAAGACUGACAGCUGGCUCUACCAUCUGGCCAUCAGCAUCGGAUCACCUUAUCGCUACAACGCCAGCGGCUCUGGUCAGUGGGAGGGUGGUCCAGGAAAAGACUCUCUCUACAUCACCUCCCUGUACUUUACCAUGACCAGUUUAACCACCAUCGGCUUUGGAAACAUCGCUCCAACCACAGACGGGGAGAAAAUCUUCUCUGUGGCCAUGAUGAUGGUUGGAUCUCUGCUGUACGCCACUAUCUUUGGAAACGUCACCACCAUCUUCCAGCAAAUGUACGCCAACACCAACCGCUACCACGAGAUGCUCAACAACGUCAGGGACUUCCUGAAGCUCUACCAGGUUCCCAAGGGUCUGAGUGAGCGGGUCAUGGACUACAUCGUCUCCACCUGGUCCAUGUCUAAAGGCAUCGACACGGAGAAGGUCUUAUCUAUUUGUCCAAAAGACAUGAGAGCAGACAUCUGUGUCCAUCUCAACAGGAAGGUGUUUAACGAACAUCCAGCCUUCAGGUUAGCCAGUGACGGCUGCCUGCGCUCUCUGGCCGUAGAGUUCCAGACCAUCCACUGCGCUCCUGGAGACCUGAUAUUCCACGCCGGGGAGAGUGUGGACACUCUGUGUUUUGUUGUGUCAGGGUCACUGGAAGUCAUUCAGGAUGAUGAGGUCAUUGCUAUUCUAGGUAAAGGCGACGUGUUCGGCGACGUCUUCUGGAAAGAAACCACUCUGGCUCACGCCUGUGCUAACGUCCGAGCGCUGACAUACUGCGACCUCCACGUCAUCAAGAGAGAAGCUCUGCUGAAGGUCCUGGAGUUCUACACCGCAUUCGCCAACUCCUUCUCCCGCAACCUCUUCCUCACCUGCAACCUGCGCAAACGGAUCAUUUUCAGGAAAAUCAGUGAGGUAAAGAAGGAGGAGGAGGAGCGUCAGCGCGCCAAGAACGAGGUGCAGCUCACCAUCCCGCAGGACCAUCCUGUCAGGAAGCUCUUCCAGAAGUUCAAGCAGCAGAAGGAGAUGCGCAGCCAGGGGCCUCCCCCUGCAGGUGGCAGCAACCUGCAGCUGGACCUGGAGAAGAACCAGCUGCAGGUGGAGCAGCACCAGCACCUCCACCCCUGUGGCCUCCAGCUGGGUCACUCAGGCCUGCAGCACUCGCUGCCUCUCAGCCUGCAGAGGCCACUCCCCUCCUCCGUCCAGAACGGAGCUCCUCCCUGCAGCAGUGGGAGCAGCAGCGUGCUCACAGUGUCACAGGUCACACCCAUGCACGGUGCCCUGGCGUACGGGGAGCCCACGGUCAAACAGAACAACUGUGACAUCAUGGAACUGCAGCCCAGUGAUCAUGGAGUCAGGAUGAAGAUCAGUACCAGCCCGGUGGUUCCAAAACCUGCCGCCAAGGCCAGCGCCUGGUCUCGUCUAAAGAACAACGUGAGCACCGUAGAGGCCAGGAAGGAGGGGCUGAUGAACAACAAGGCGGUGUCUGUGGAGAUGCUGUCUCAGGAGGGCAAAGGUCAGGAGGGGAGGAGGAGACGGAGCAGGGAGGAGCAGGAGGAGGAGAGUGACUCCAACCUGCUGAGGAAGACAGACUCCUGCGACAGUGGCAUCACUAAAAGUGAGCUCCGCAUCGACAGAGCGGGAGAGGCUCGAACACCGGCUGCACUCACACCACUGCUGCUUCACAGCCCAGGAGGAGGUGAUGGGAAGGGAGGAGGGGCCGGGUCUCCUCAUCCUUUUUUUCCAAUCCCCGAGCAGGCCCUGCAGGCGGCGCUGCAUGAGACCCGGCUGGAGCUCCGGGAGGACAUCAAGGCCCUCGGAGGCCACCUCAGUGCCCUGGAGGGUCGGGUGGCUGAGAUCAUCAGACUGUUGUCAGACCAGAGGCCGUCCUCCACAGCAGGGGCUCCGCCCACUGCGGCAGCCACUGCCUCCACCGCCACCACGCCUAAAACCAAAAUCCAACGUCAGGACAUUUUCACCGUCUCCAGGCCUGUUUCUCCAGACUGUGAGAAGGACGAGGCGCUCUGAAGAGAGCUGCACCAGUGGUGGAGAGAGGCUCAGGUGACCAGGGUCAGCACUGCAGCCAACACAGGAAAUAACAGAUGUUAGAUGUCAAACAGUGACGCCACAACAAUAUUCACUUAUUUAGUCAAAUAAAAAAUAAAAAAAUCUAUUGGGAGA